UUUGUCAGCGGUGUCCCUGCAGCAGAUAUCUCGUGCGCCUCACUUGCUACUGAUCCAAACCUUGGACCAUUAUCUUAAAGAGUGAUUGAUCACGUGGUUUUAGCUCCUUAUCGCUAGUUUCCGCUCUCGCAACGCGAGGCCAGCCUCCUGCGGACCUUGAGCGGGUAAACAGUUUAUUUUGUUCUUUUUUUCCUAGCUAACGGAAAGAUGAUGUUAAAAUCCAAUAAAAACGAACCCGCCGUCUCACUGGAGUCGGCGAACAGCGUCCGGACAGCCCUCUCCGAUCUGUACCUGGAGCAGCUCCUACAAAACAAACCAAAGUCUGACAAGUCUGCUAUGCAAGCCUAUGAGAAUAAGGGGGCUGAAGUGUACACCAACGGGAGUGCUGGACACACGAAUGGCACAGAACUGAGCAGGAUGAAAGAAGUAGAAUUUGAAAAGAUCCCCUCGGAGCCAAUGGGAGUCACUCUGAAGCUGAACAACAAACAAAGGUGCACUGUGGCCAGAAUAUUGCACGGAGGCAUGAUCCACAGACAAGGCUCUUUACAUGAAGGGGACGAAAUAGCAGAAAUCAAUGGGAAAAGUGUGGCAAACCAAACUGUGGAUCAGCUACAGAAGAUCCUGAAAGAAACCAACGGCGUCGUCACAAUGAAGAUCGUUCCCAACCUGCCGAGCCGAUCCCGAGCCUGUGAGAUGUACAUGAGGGCCCAGUUUGACUAUGACCCCACCAAGGAUGACCUCAUCCCGUGCAAAGAGGCAGGCCUUACGUUUCAAACUGGUGACAUCAUUCAGAUUAUCAACAAGCAGGAUCCAAACUGGUGGCAGGGCAGAGUGGAAAGCGGCGUCGCUGAAUUCGCAGGACUGAUUCCCUCCCCGGAGCUCCAGGAAUGGAGGGUGGCAAGUAAGAGCAAGGCCAGAGAGGGCGGUCAGUCCUGCAGCCCGUUUGGGAAGAAAAAGAAGUGCAAAGACAAGUACCUGGCUAAACACAGCUCCAUUUUUGACCAGCUGGAUGUGAUUUCUUAUGAGGAGGUUGUCCGGCUCCCUGCUUUUAAAAGGAAAACGCUGGUGCUUAUUGGUGCACCUGGCGUAGGAAGAAGCCAUAUAAAAAAUGCACUAUUGACCAAAUACCCUGAGAGGUUUUCCUACCCUGCACCUCAUACCACCAGACCCCAACGGAAGGAGGAGGAGAAUGGAAAGGAAUAUUAUUUCAUCUCCAAUGAAGCCAUGACCAAGUGCAUCUCUGGAAAUGAGCUGCUGGAGUAUGGCAGCUUCCAGGGAAAUAUGUUCGGUACCAAAACUGAGACCAUCCAGGAGAUCCACAAGCAAGAAAAGAUCGCUCUGCUGGAUAUAGAACCACAGACCUUGAAGGUCUUGCGGACUGCUGACUCUGCGCCUCUGGUGGUGUUCAUCGCUCCGACCAACACAGCUGCCCAGACGGAGAACCUGCAGAUGAUCCAGAAAGAGUCGGACGUCAUUUUCACCACAUACAGACAUUUCUUUGAUGUGGUUCUUGUCAACAACGACGUGGAUGAGAGCGUGAAAGGUGUGGAGGAGGCCAUGGAGCGUGCCACCUCGACCCCGCAGUGGGUGCCUGUAUCAUGGGUGUACUGACCGAUGUCGGGCACCAGUGUAACACUUUCUGUUUGUUAACAAAGCAGUGCAAUAUCACUCCUUACACGAGAACGAGUUAGUGACGUCCCAGUGUGUGGGUGUACUUUUGGUUCCUGUUAAUUCUCACUUAGAUUUAUCUGCACAAAUGCGUCCAUAAAAAAAGAAAAGAAGAAAAAAAUAAGCAAUAUAUAGAAAGGUUUCUUUUAGAAAGUUGAGAACCUCACCAGGGAUGUUUUUGUUUCAGUGUUGUGACAUCUGUGAUUCAGAAUUUUGAGGGUCUUGGGGGUAGUUUUGGUGCCGAACGCCUUUGUGAUUGUUGGAACGUGAGCAAAUGCAAAAUAGGACCUCAACUGGGAACGAAAUUCUCCCGUUAGAAAUGACAGGAUUUUAUCUCUUUUUUUAAAUUGUGUUCCUGUUCUCAUUAGAUUGUGCCAUGAAAUUAAGAUUAUAGAGCUGUUUGUUCCUACAGUGAGUGUAACUCUAUACAACCAUAACGUCUUCUAAUCCAAACCUCUCACUCAGUCACUGACAACAUCACUCGUCCAUAUUGUAUAUCUCACGGGGUACUAUAAAGGCACUUUUAAACAAUAAAUAAAUGUCCCAGAUCUAUCGCAACUGCUUCUCUGCCUGUGUCUGAUGGGGAUGCUGUUGUCCAGAGGAUUUAAGGGAAACAAUGGCAGUUUUAUGUCAGCGGGGAAUCUCCAAACGGCACAAAGAUUCUUUCAACUAGAUCCACAUAAAGCAGGGAAACACAUGGCAGUGUUGAUCACGGGCAAAGCCACUGCAAUAUAAAGGUUGAUAACCAUCCUAUUUUGGGGUUUGAAGACGUCACGGCUCAAAGCUUUGAUUAAUUAUAGAUCAAAGCUUGCGUAUCAGAGCUGUAGAUAUGUCUCCCACACAUUUAAAUUCUCUGCUCAUCCACAGUGUGGGAGAAGUAGUUACAGGUUAUACAUGACAAUGAAUUGGUUCACAGCUUCUAUCCAGAGCCUGGUUGUGUUAGAAUUGUCUACCUUAAUGAAAUCAAAAUAAAUCGUGUGAAAAAUAUUG